AUGGGAGCUUCACAAUCGUGGUGCUAUGGAGCAAAUCCAAGUCGAGAAGACAAUUUACCACAGCCAGGCAAGCAGCGUCCCAAUGGUUUCAAGCACGACCUAAACGUACACGUCGUUGGCUCCAGACCGGUAAUGUCAGCACCACAGCUCAUUAAGCUGCAAGGCCCGUCGUACAGCAGUGGGAGGAUGGAAGCCAAGUAUGAAAUGCUGGACGAGAUUGGACAUGGAGGAACUUCGGUCGUGUACAAGUGUCGUGAACGUCGUACAGGUAUUGUACGGGCUUGCAAGAUUAUUGAUCGACGUGCAGUCGAGAGAGAACACAAUGUAGUCAUGGAGCAAUUUCAAGUUGAGAUUCAAGUGCUCCAGUCGCUGAGACACCCAAACAUUAUCCAGAUUGAAGACGUGUUCUUGUCAGAUUCGAAGAUCUGCAUGGUGACAGAGUAUAUGGGUGGCGGUGAGCUGUUUGAUUAUGUCGUCGAUAGGGGGACGUUGUCGGAGGUUGAAGCAAGCACAAUUGUUCGACAGAUUACAUCGGCGGUUGCCUACCUGCACGCACGUGGAAUCAUUCACCGCGAUCUCAAGCCAGAGAAUCUCAUGUUGACAAGCAAGUCACGUGGAGCUGAUGUGAAAAUCAUUGACUUUGGUCUUGCAAAGUUGCUGGACGCAGAUGACAAGACGGCUUCGUUUCUAGGAACAAGAGGUUAUCUCGCCCCUGAAAUGCUCCAGCGUCAGGCUUACUCUAUGUCUGUAGACAUGUGGGCGCUCGGAAUCAUCGUCUACGUUUUGCUCUGUGGUUGCCUACCCUUUGGUGAUGAUGGCGGCAAAAUCGCCAACGAAAAGGCAGCUCAGGCAAAGUUUUGUCUUCGUUUUCCUCGAUGGGCUAGCGGUUUAUCAGAGACUGCAAAAGAUUUACUUCGGCAAUUGCUUGAGGUGGAUUCGACCGAUCGAUACUCUGCAGAUCAGGCAUUGGCACAUCCGUGGGUCACUGGUGCUCGCACACCCAAUAAAUUUCUCAAGUCACCGAAUUAUCUUCGCACGAUCAAACAAGAACAAGUGAGCAAGAAAUUGAAAGGCCGCAUGAACGGGAUGCAAUUGCCAAAUGGCAAUGGAGCGGAAGAGUCCAAUGACGAUGGAAUUGCAAUUAGCAUUCGAAGACAGUCUCGCUGA